AUGGCUGGAGGCGAACCAAUUCCCGAAAAUCCUUUAAUAGGGACAGAGGACUUCCCAACAGUAACAACUCAAAAGCCGGUUCUACCUUGCGUCGAAUCAGCACACGAAUCUACGGAAAUAGAAACCGUACGUACGGAAAGUACAACGACGACUACGGAAGAUCAUCAACCAGAAAAUUCUGCAGUUCUUGUCAUCCCGCUAGAAGAUCAAGACGCCAUUAGGAAUUUCUGGGAUAUGACCGGCGUGAUGGAUGAAGACGCGAAAACAGAAGUGGCCGUGGAGAUUACUCUCCCAGAGCCUGAGGAGAGCGGGGCAUCUGGAGAGGCCCCAGCUACUCUCAUAGCAGAGCCUACUGCUACAGAAACCCCAGCUCCGGAAGCUAGCCUUCCGACCCCUCCUCCUGAAGAAAAUGCACAAUCAACAACUCCAACCGAGACAAGAGGGGAGGAGCCUCAACCCGAGGCCGAAUCGCAAACUCCAGAGACACAGGAGGCUCCAGCCCCGGAAGCCCCGGAAGCUGCAGAGGUUCCACCACCAACACCCCAGGUACAGAAUAGGAACCGAAUACCGUUCCGAGGGAUCUGUGAUACUUGCAAGGGGGGAGAGACCCGAUGCUACGCUACUUGCUGUUUGGCAUGCGGAGAUGACUUCGUCCUGAUAUUCGAGGACGAAGCAAAUGAUGAGGAAGCACGUGCAAAGCUUAAAGAAGACAAGCGACCAGAUUGUAACCCUGGUGAUGAGGGUACAGCCUACUGCAAGAAUUGCUUGCUCGAUUGGUUUGACAAUUGCAUUGCUUGGCCACAUCGCGAAACCCUUCCUCAACAUGAGGGCCAAUCAGUUCUCUACCUUGUCACGCCGUUUGUAUCUGAUGCUUAUAUGCAACGGCUGAAGGACAUCCAAGCAUACUGGGAUGACAAGGAGAAGAUAUUUUGCCCAGUUCCAACUUGUUCUUCCUACAUACCUAGAACCGCCUAUACUGUGACCAAAGAAGAGACAGUCACUCGAACAGUUAUUAAGCCAACCCCGGCAAAGGAAGAGCCAGUCACGGUUCCGGCGACGGAAGGGCAAACUACAGAGACUACCGCGGAACCCGCUCCGGAAGCAAAUACUGAGACUACAGCCAUUGCAGCUGAGACGACAGAGACAGUAGCACCGGUAGAAACUGAAACGACAGAGACAGUAGCACCGGUAGAAACUGAAGCGACAGAGACAGUAGCGCCGGUAGAAACUGCUACUGAACAGGAAGGAAGCACUGUCGCCCAACCUGAGGCAACUGUUGAACCAGCAGCACAAACGGAAUCGGAAGCAACCGUUGUUGAAACAACCACAGAGACAACUGUGGAACCAAAUGUGCCCACAAAUGUGGAGACAAAUGGUCAGGUAAACGUAGAGGUACCUGAAGGGACAGGUGCCGAGGCGAAUGCAGAGGUCAAUGCGGAAACGAAUGAGAACGCCGCUGAACCAGCCGCUGAAGAGAAGAAGGAAGAACCAACCCCAGAGCCAGAAACAGAAACUAUCACCGAAGUCGUCGAGAAGGAGUACAAGACACAGCUCGCAAUAUGCUUAUCCCCAACCUGCCAAACCCCCGUCUGCACUCUCUGCAAAUCUCAUUUCCACGGUCUCGACACGCCCUGUGGGUCCCGUACAAGUUUCUUUAAGGAGUUCAUGCUUAGCAAGUAUAGAAAGGGGAAAGAAGAAAAGGAAGAAAAGGAAGGCGAAAAUAAUGAAAACGGGGAACAAAAUGGAGAAGAGAAUGCGUCGGAGCCAACCGUAGAGGAUGAUAGCGAGGGCGAAUAUGAUGAGGACGGAGAAUAUGAGGAUUAUCCAAACCGUUACCGACAAUGCGUUAACUGCCAGAAUCUAGUCGCACGUCAUACUGGCUGCGACCAUAUGACUUGUGCCUGUGGUGCAGCAUUUUGUUUCUACUGCGGUGGCGAGUACGGUCAAUACCACAGCUGUCUUACAGAUAAGGAUUAUCUUGCAGGUAAUGGGGUUGGAGGCAUCAAGAUUACAACCGAGGAAGGGUUUUUCGAUGAUGAAGGUGCUGUGGUUGUUGUCAAUCACUUGGGGGUUGUGGGGAAGGAAGAGGAAGCAGCCAACGUUGCAAAGUGGCUGGACAUGGUAGAGUUCACCGAGAACGAUGAGCCUAAGAAGUCUUGGAAAAUCAAAACUGGUGUGGAAGUUGGCGGCCCUGUUAAAGCAGAAUUGGUGUUCUCUGAUGCCGAGAAUGUGAGGCUUGCAAAGCCUAUGAAGGAUUGGAAGGGGAAGUACUAUUGA